AUGAAUCAAAACUUCAAGGGCGAGCCGGAUCGAGAUGAUAUCCGAAUGCUGGAGAAUCUGCGCAACCAGCUGGUACCUAUGAUUAAAAAAAUGGAUCGCCUGCAAGGGGAGAUGGAAUUCAAGCUGAAUCGGGGAGAGGUAGUUGACUGUGGUGGGUAUCGUCAUCAGUCCAAGCUUGUCACCCAAAAGCACCGCAUUCCUUCCAAAGAUGCCAAGGGAAACAUCGUCCUCGAUGCAUCCGGCAAGGAGGUCCUUGUUGACCGCGACAUUCGCCGAAGAAUCGCUACGACACAAGCUCUACCGACCAACACUAGCAGAUUUGAAGCCCUCCAUCCGUUUCCAAAUCCGCUAUUUCCGAUGAAUGCAGGUGGUGGUAUGGCAGCGGGUAUGGCGGGCACAUUGCUAAGAAAGAGACUGGAGCCGAUGGAGGAAGGAUGGGUCGAAGAGAGGAUCCGAAAGGCGAGCGAGUGGGUUUAUGUACCAGAAGAGUGGGGAAUCGAGCCGAAAAAGCCUGACGCGGCGGCUAUUAAGCAGACAGAGGACGAAGACGAGGAUGAGGUUCCUGAAUCGGAACGCCUAGACUCCGAAGCGAUACCAACGACGCGAGUCAAGGAUGCACUUUCCGCGGACGAUAUCAAGAAACUUUGGCAGCACGCCCAUCAGGAGGUAUUCGAUAUGAAGUAUCUCCGACAGCUGUAUCCGAAAAGCUAUCCAGCUGAAGACGCGCAGGAUUUGAAUGAAGAGGAGGAAGAGGAAGAGGAGGGUGAUGAGGACGAAGAAGAGGACGACGAAGAGUUUGAAGACGUCAUGGAUACCUCAGGCGGCCAGGAAGCAGUGACAGAGGACAUUGCGAAGCCGAAGGUGGUAAAGAAGAAGGUUGUGUCGGGGAAGCUGCCUGUGCAUCAGCCUGUAGAAGGAGUGCCGGUGCUUUCGAUGGGGUAUGUGUAUGGAUUUGCGGAAUCCGGCGAGAAAUAG